AUGACUAGAGAGUUCCUUCCUAGAAUUUGGGUGAGCUUGUCCAGACAGCCUACUGAGAAACCCGAAAACAAGGCAGAAAUUGUUAAGGCGGUGUUAUUCCAGCUAGGUGUGGAAGAGGAAGUCGGUGAUAUCGAAGCUAAAUGUACGUCUGUGGAUCAUAAACUAAAUGCUCUCGUCGCUUUACUCCACACGCAUCUGUGGGGGAAGAAGUAUUUGAUUGUCUUGGACGGUGUCCACGAUGUGGGCGUCCGCGAUAAGGACGUCUGCGAUGAGGGUGUCCCCGAUGUGGGUGUCUGCGAUGCGGGCAUCCGCGAUAACGGCGUCUGCAAUGCGAGCAAUGAAUGGUAUUCCAAUUUGGGCUCUAGCUUAAGCAACGGGGGUCACUGGGGUCAUCGCCUUGUGCACGGAUUACCGAAAGGGUACGGCAGGAGAGUCAUUGUCACGUGUAGGAAUGAGGAGAUGGCCAGGAAAAUGGUUGGAGAGGACAAUCUGCACCGGAUAAUGCUGCUUUCGAAUACUGAAAUCUGCUGGGAGAUAUUCGAGAAUUCAGCCAAGCAACAAGAAAAGCAAAUUGAUUCUACCAAAGAGGAGCUGAAGCAGGAUAUCAAGAAUAAGUGCGCUGGCCUCCCCUUAAUACGCCAAACUAAUGGGUCAAAUGUAUGA